GACUUUCUUUUGUCCGAAAAACCCGAUGGCCGACAAACAUUGAGCAGUGGUCGCCAGCCCCGCUCUCCCGCGCCUUUUCCCCCUAAUUAAAUUAAAAAAUACACAAAAAUUAUCGCAUUUUUUAGCUAGUUUUAGUCGAGGAGCACCCAGAGAAUGCCUUCAGACGUGGAAGAGACCGAGUAUCCAGAGGAAGAAGAGGAGCAGGGAGAUGGGGAUGAUGGAGAAGAGGAACAAGGAGACUCAAAUGAAGAGGAGCAAGACGAAGAAUGGGGGGGUGGGAAACGAAAGCGAAAAAAGAGCAAGAAAAGGAAGUCAUCACGGGGUGAACGGGCUCGAAAGAAACGAAAGAAGAAAGAUGAAAGUGAAAGUGAAGGAGAAUUUGAAGAUGAUAGUGGCAGAGUUGACUCUGAUUACCAAGAGGAAACCCAAAGAGGACGAGGAAGAGGAAAAUCACGUGGACGUCACUCUGCUACUCUUGUACCAGCAGCUUCACAAGAGAGUGGUGGUGGUGAUCAGAUGCCAACAGUGGCAGAGGUUUGUGAAAGUUUUGGUCUGAAUGAUGUUGAGCUGGAGUAUACUGAGAAUGACUACCAGACUUUGACCACUUACAAACUCUUCCAGCAGCAUGUACGACCUUUAUUGGCCAAAGAAAAUCCUAGGGUACCUGUGUCAAAACUUAUGAUGUUGGUCGCUGCCAAGUGGAGAGAAUUCACUGCUCGUGGUCAGGAGGACGAUGAGGAGGAGGACGAGGAAGAGGAAGAAGUUGUUGAAGAGGAGGAACCAGAACCAGAGCCUGUUCAGAUAACCCCAAAGGGUAGGGGACGACCUAGAAAGUCUAAAGUAGAUGAUGAAGCUGAAGAAGAAUUUGAUGAAGACAGUGAAGGAGUCGGCAAGAAAAAACGAGGUCGUAAACGCACCGUCACUGGAGACAGUAAGGCCAAGAAGGGUGGCAAAGUCCCUACCUUGAAGAUAAAGUUGGGAAAGCGGAAGAAGGACACCUCGGUGAGUCUGGUUCAAGACAGGGGGUUGAACAAAAACUAUGAGCCGGUCCAGCAGGAACACACGAACGAGGAUGACUCAAGCCAGGACAGUGAUGCAGAGUUUGAACAGAUGCUGGCUGAAGCUGAAGACAUGAACAAAGCUGAGGAUGAAGCAGAAAUUGCAGCAGGAGCAAAAAAGAAAGCCAAAGCAAAGAUUGGGAGUAAGAGCAAAAGGAGAAAGCGUAUAAAGGCCAAGGACGAGGAUGGUUAUGAAACGGACCACCAAUCUCCCCCCAACCAGGACUACUGUGAGGUGUGCCAGCAGGGAGGGGAAAUAAUCCUAUGUGACACUUGCCCAAAGGCAUACCAUCUAGUUUGCCUAGAGCCAGAGCUGGAAGAGGCUCCUGAGGGCAAGUGGUCAUGCCCUACCUGUGAAGCUGAGGGGGUGAAGGAAGAAGAUGAGCAUAUGGAAUAUUGCAAGGUUUGCAAGGUCAGUAAACAUCAGGAUGGAGGGGAGCUGCUUUGCUGCGAUUCAUGUGUUAAUGCCUAUCAUACAUACUGCUUGUCACCACCGUUAUAUCAAGUCCCAGAAGGAGAGUGGACAUGUCAGCGGUGUGCUUGUGAACCCCUUCCAGGACGAGUGCAGAAGAUUCUUUUCUGGAGAUUUGUGGACCCACCAAAACCUCCAGAAAACUGGAAAGAAAUUGUUGGUGAUAAAGCUGAUAAAUUCCAGUUCAAGCAGCUACGAGAAUUCUUGGUUAAAUGGGUGGAUAUGUCCUAUUGGCACUGUUCAUGGAUCUCAGAGCUAAUGUUGGAUGUUUAUCAUCCUCAGAUGUUGAGAUCAUAUUUCAAGAAAUUUGACCCAGAUGAACCACCUAUUCCUGGUAUAGAUGAUGAUGAUGAGUUAGGUUCCCAGAGACGGCACAAGAAAGAGCCUGAUCCCAACUCUCUUGAGGAGAGAUACUACAAAUAUGGUAUAAAAUCUACCUGGCUGAAGAUUCACAGAGUCUUGAACCACCGUACAUUGCGAGAUGGUACGACCCAAUACCUAGUUAAAUGGCGGGACUUGCCCUACGACCAGGCUACUUGGGAGGAUGAAGAUGAAGAAAUUGUUGGCUUAAAGACUGCUAUAGAGUUCUACCAUGACCUGCGAGCUGCGUGUAAUGCUGAUGCCGGUAACAAAAACAAGAAAGGUAAAAAGAAAGGAAAGUCUCGUGCCAGGGAGUUAGGCGAUGAGGACCGGGAACCUUCUUCACCUCGGCGCUACACUCCUCCACCUGACAAGCCCAUUACUAACUUAAACAAAAAGUAUGAAAAGCAACCAGAUUUUAUUGAUGGCACUGGACUUUCCCUCCAUGAAUACCAGUUAGAAGGUGUCAAUUGGUUGAGAUACUCGUGGGGUCAAGGAACGGAUACUAUUUUGGCUGAUGAGAUGGGUCUUGGAAAAACUAUUCAAACAAUUGCUUUUCUUUAUUCACUGUAUAAAGAAGGCCAUUCUAAGGGACCAUUCCUUGUGGCUGUCCCCUUGUCUACUAUUAUUAACUGGGAACGUGAAUUUGAAAUGUGGGCUCCUGACUUUUACGUAGUAACUUAUGUGGGUGACCGGGACUCACGAACAAUGAUCCGUGAGCAUGAAUUGUCUUUCGAAGAAGGGGCUGUCCGCAGUGCUUCAAAAGCAACUCGAAUUCGCACAACCAAUGUGAAGUUUAAUGUGUUGUUAACAUCAUAUGAAAUGAUAUCAAUGGACCAGGCUUGCUUGGGCUCCUUGGAAUGGGCAUGUUUAGUUGUAGAUGAAGCUCAUAGACUGAAGAGUAAUCAAUCAAAGUUCUUUCGUGUUUUGAACCAGUACAACAUUGUUUACCGAUUAUUACUGACGGGAACACCUCUACAGAAUAAUUUAGAGGAACUUUUCCAUCUUCUUAACUUCCUUUGUCCAGAGAAAUUUAGCGACUUAUAUGCCUUCCAAAAUGAAUUUGAAGACAUUGCCAAGGAAGACCAAAUAAAGAAGCUUCAUGAUUUAUUGGGACCUCACAUGCUUAGGAGAUUGAAAACAGAUGUCUUAAAGAAUAUGCCGACAAAAUCCGAGUUCAUCAUUCGUGUUGAAUUAUCCCCUCUGCAAAAGAAAUACUACAAAUACAUCCUUACUCGCAACUUUGAGGCGUUAAAUUCAAGAGGUGGCGGACAGCAGGUGUCUCUACUCAAUAUUGUAAUGGAUUUGAAGAAGUGCUGCAACCACCCGUACCUGUUCCCAGCCGCUGCUGAGGAAGCACCAAAGUUGCCCAACGGAAUGUAUGCCACAAGAGACUUGGUGAAGGCCAGUGGCAAGUUUAUUUUGUUGGAGAGCAUGUUGGAAAAACUCAAGAGAGAUGGUCAUCGGGUGCUGAUUUUCUCUCAGAUGACCAAGAUGCUAGAUGUGUUAGAAGAUUUCUGUGAAGGUCUUGGUUAUAAGUAUGAGAGAAUUGAUGGUGGUAUUACAGGUCUGUUACGCCAGGAAGCUAUUGACAGAUUUAAUGCACCAGGAGCUCAGCAGUUCAUGUUCUUGCUGUCAACACGUGCUGGAGGUCUGGGAAUUAACUUGGCCACAGCAGAUACAGUUAUCAUCUAUGACUCUGAUUGGAAUCCACACAAUGAUAUUCAAGCCUUCUCUCGUGCUCAUCGUAUUGGUCAGGCAAACAAAGUCAUGAUCUACCGAUUUGUGACACGUAAUUCCGUGGAAGAACGCGUGACUCAGGUUGCCAAGAGAAAAAUGAUGCUAACUCAUUUGGUUGUACGUCCUGGCAUGGGGGGAUCCAAGUCCACUAACUUUUCAAAACAAGAGCUUGAUGACAUUCUUAGGUUUGGUACUGAAGAGCUUUUCAAGGAAGAAUUAGGAAAGGAAGAUGAAGCUAUCCACUAUGAUAAUCAAGCUAUUGAAGAGCUCCUAGAUCGUAGCAAAGAAGGUAUUGAACAGAAAGAAAACUGGGCCAAUGAAUACCUCAGUUCAUUCAAAGUAGCAUCAUAUGUUACCAAGGAAGGAGAGGAGGAGGAAAUGGAGGAUGUUGAAGUGCUGAAGCAAGAAGCAGACAACACAGACUCUCAGUAUUGGGAACGACUCCUUAGGCAUCACUUCGAGCAACAACAGGAAGACUUGGCACGCACUCUUGGCAAGGGCAAGAGAGUCAGAAAGCAGGUGAACUACAACGAUGCAGCAGAUGGUAGAGAAGACUUGACGUGGCAAGAACAAGGAUCAGACUAUAAUUCUGACUUCUCCAUGCCUUCUGAUAAUGACAAUGAUGAUGAGUUUGAUGAGAAGAAUGAGAGUGAAGGAGGACGGCGAUCCCGUAGGCGAGUUGAUCGAAAUGACAGAGACAGACCCUUACCCCCUCUUUUGGCAAGAGUUGGUGGCAACAUUGAGGUUCUUGGUUUCAAUGCUCGUCAACGAAAGUCCUUCCUCAAUGCUGUCAUGCGCUAUGGUAUGCCACCACAAGAAGCCUUCAAUUCUCAGUGGUUGGUACGAGACCUGCGAGGGAAGAGUGAAAAGUGUUUCCGAGCCUAUACAUCUUUAUUCAUGCGUCAUUUGUGUGAACCGGGCAAUGACAAUGCAGAAACAUUUGCCGAUGGUGUACCCCGGGAAGGCUUAAGUCGUCAACAUGUUCUUACAAGAAUUGGCGUUAUGUCUCUCAUUCGCAAAAAGGUAUCAGAAUUUGAAACUAUCAAUGGCCACUACUCCAUGCCAGAGGCACUCAAUAAACCUAUUGAGACUUUACCUGGAGAUGGAGGGAAGAGCAAUGGUACUUCAGCAUCUGGUACUCCAGCAACAAGUGUAACACCCUCUCCUGCUCCAUCAAUUAAGGGUGAGGUUGAGGAGAAAGAUGAUGAUAAGAAAGAUGAUAAGUUGGAAGAAAAAGAUAAAACAGAAGAAAAGGAGAGUGAAAAGUUGGAGGGAACAGAUAAGGAUGAAAAGAAAGAGGAACAGACUUCUGAUGUAGAAAAGAAAGAGGAAGAAAAUGAAGUGCCUGAAAAGAAGGAAGAAGAGGCAGAAGAAAAGAAAGAUACAGAAGAAACAGAAGAGGUUGACAAGCCAGAUGAGGAAAAGAAAGAGGAAGGCGAGAAGAUGGAAGUAGACAAUAAAGAUGAAGAAAAGAAAGAAGAGAAGACAGAAGAAGUAACAGUAGAUGGGGAAGAAACUAAAGAAGUUAAGGCUGUUGAAGAGAAGUCUGAUGAUGAUGUGGUUACAGGAAAAACUGAAAAGGAAGAAAAGAAAGAUGGAGACAAGGAAUCUGGAAAAGAUGAUGACAAAGAGAAAGAUGAUGAUAAAGAAAAGGAUGGUGACAAGGAUGAAGAUAAGAAAGAUGGGACUAAAAAGAAGGAAAUUGAGCCUAUCUCUAAGAGAAAGUUUAUGUUCAACAUUGCUGAUGGUGGCUUUACAGAACUACAUACCUUGUGGCAAAAUGAAGAAAAAGCAGCCGUACCUGGCCGUGAAUGUGAAAUCUGGCACCGCAGACAUGAUUAUUGGCUGCUCGCAGGCAUUGUAACUCAUGGGUAUGGGCGCUGGCAAGAUAUUCAAAAUGAUAUUCGGUUUGCCAUCAUCAAUGAACCAUUCAAGAUGGAUGUAGGCAAAGGAAACUUCUUAGAAAUCAAGAACAAAUUUCUGGCAAGAAGAUUUAAGCUUCUCGAGCAAGCACUUGUGAUUGAGGAACAACUAAGACGAGCUGCAUUCCUCAACCUACAGCAGGACCCCCAUCACCCAGCAUGUACCCUAAAUGCUCGCUUUGCUGAGGUGGAAUGUUUGGCUGAGUCACACCAACACCUCAGCAAAGAGUCCCUUGCUGGCAACAAACCUGCCAAUGCUGUGCUCAAUAAGGUGCUGAAUCAACUUGAGGAGCUGUUAUCAGAUAUGAAGUCUGAUGUGACGCGACUACCAGCAUCUCUAGCCCGUAUUCCACCAGUGGCGCAGCGCCUGCAAAUGUCAGAGCGCUCCAUCUUAUCUCGCCUAGCCUCUGGAGCUGGUAAUUUGGACAAGACCACUCAAGGGGCAGGUCAAGAGACAACCCCAUUCCCUGUGGGUUAUUCACCUGCAGGUCAACUCCAGACUCUGGGUAACACCAAUUUCGCCAACUUCCGACCCCAGUACUCUCUUCCCGGCGCUGCAACUGCUCCAGGUGUGCCAAGUGCUCAGGUCAGCCUCGCGAGCUUGAGUGCCAGUUUACACAUGCUUGCUGCCUCCAACCCACUUUUGGACUCCACCCUACAGCAGCAGCCACCUACCUCUCAUGCAGGCACCAUCUCUGCUGCAACACGAGCCUCACUCUUAUUGCAUCAGCAACAGCAGCAGCAGCAUCUUCAGCAGCAGUCAUCCGACACCAAAAAUCUUAUCUAUUUGGAUUGAAGCUAGAAGUUGACAUCAUUUACUUUGAUGUCAGCAUAUUUUAUUUUAUUCCCUAACAAGGACCAGUCUUAGGCAUUCCGUGCAGUUUAUAGAGUUUUAUUUGAGUGUAAUCUCAUCAGUGUUAAAAGAUUUGUGCUAGAUUUCAUAAGUGAUCUCAAAUAGAUCUUAGGAAAUUAAUUUAUAUUGUACAAAAUUGUGUACAAUCUUACCUUAAAGGUCUGUAAGAUUUUUAUGUAUUGCCACAGUGGUAAUAAAAAUACCAUAUGGCUAAA